UCUCUGUCUGUAUCUGUGUGUGUGUGUUCAGUGGUUCAGUAGCAGUGUAUCUCUCCGUGGCAGGGGCAGCUUCAUUCUCUCCUGCAGGAUGUCGGGCCCUCGGACCAGCUCCAUACUGCUGCUGUUCACCAUCGCCUCCCUGCAGAACGCUCUGCUGGAGGCUAAGCCUCUCCCUGCCAUGCAUGGGGGCGGAGCUGUGCGCCUUCGUCGUGACCUGCGUGACUCGCUGCCUUACGAAGCCCAGAUGAUGUCCUAUCCCACUGCUGACUUCAAGGGGCGGGGCAAUGAGCUGUACUACCAGCCAGAGGCGGUGAGGGCACAGGGGCUGGGCCAGGCCCUCCAACGGCUGAUGGAGAACGACCAGCGGCGGGAGCAGGAGGCGGCGUAUCUGGCAGGUCUGCUGCGCCUCCUGAGCGAGGCGGAGAAUAAUGGCCAAGGGAAACAGGAGCAAGAGGAGGAGGAAGAAGAAGGAGACUUCCAAGGGCCGUACCCUCCAGACUACGAUGAGACGGAGCAGACAGUCAGCAUGGCUAAGCCACAGGCCCUGCUGGACCCACAGCUGGCCGAGGCUCUGCUCAACCGCUACAGGCAGGAGAGGCUGAUUCAGUCUGGGCUUAACCCAACUCCCAACCGCCUCCCAGACAGAGAGCAGGAGAGGGACCAGGAGGUGCUUCGGUACCUGGUUGAGAAAAUCCUCUCCAGUCUGGCUCCAGGGAACCAGCCGAGCCCCUCCAACCGCCGAGCCAAACGGGACGUGAGUGCGGUGGCCAGCGUUGGACGGGGAGGGGCUUCCCUGAGACGAUCCAGACGCUCUGUGGACUCCGUCCCCAUCCCCUCGCCCAGCGCCGAGGCCUCACUGCUGCGGGUGAAGAGGCUGGGUGACGAAGAGGAUGAUGAAGGUUUUGCUGCCCAGAACAACAGAUCACCCCACGCCGGCCUGCAGAGGAUGAAGCGCAUCGACACAGACAUGCCGCCCCCUCCGAAACACAGCCGCAAACGCCGGGCGGUGACCUACGACCCCAGUGUCAUCGCUCAGCACAUCCUACAGUACCUACCAGCAUAGAGAGAGAGAGAGGAAGAAAAAGAGAGAGAGAAAGAGAAGCAGAGAAAAUCAGCCGAUUAUGAUUAUGAUUGCAGGAUUUCACAUGCUGACAUAUAUGCGACAACUCACUGUCAACUGCCUAUGUCCAGCAAUGUAUCUGCUUCAGCGCUAUAAUAAAUCAUAAACACAUUUACUUAUCAGUGCUUCAUGCUACAUGUAAGCAGAAUGGGAUUUUUAUGAGUUUGUAUUAGAUGUUUCAGAAGUGUUUAAGAUUUGGUUAACAACAUUGGUUCCCUUCUGCCAAAUCUUGACCUUUAAGACCAAAUUUCUUAAGCAGAGUUUCUAGACAUGCACUAGAAGCGCAUGACGUAAACAUUUAACAUUGAUUGUCUCUUGAAACUUUAGCUACAACUAAGAAAUUCACCACUGUCUUGUCUUUGAGGAGUACCCUUAGGGCAUCGAGCCUUUUAUCCGUUCUAAAUGAUGCAGUAUUUUGUAGCUAGAAGUUAAUUAUACUGAAGAAAACCAUCAAAAUAGGUCCUAUCCUGAAUCCCUACAACCCAAUGCUUGAGCCAAAGUUAAAAACCAAAGUAGGUUUAGAAAUAAGGAUAAUUUCGUCCAAAAAAAUACUGCGUAAUUGCAUGAGUGCGUUUGUUUGUGUUGCAUUGCUUUUGUGUCCUCUGUCCACCACAUUUCACCAUAUAAGGCGCUAAAAUGCAAUUUCUUCCCAGACAAGCAGAGCUUACAGUCUCUUAUCGAUUGCUCUCUCUGGCACACAAAGGUCCAGCCACCAAGCACAUUAAUCCACCAAGUGUUACUGUUGCUGGCGCCGACACUCUGUUCUCUCCAUGUCCUUAGAGUCCUCCUGUUAUUACACAGCAGCAAAUGGUUCACAGUGGUAUUUCACAAAGGUUUGGCUGGUUAACUUAACCCAAAAGUCAAGAUUUCAUGCUGAAAAAAACAACACACACCAGCAUGAAUUCCAUACUGGUCUGAGCUGGUUUAUGCUGGCUUAUCCAAAACACAGCAUAUUCUGGUUUUGCUGGUGACCAGCCAUGCUGACCUAUGCUGGUUUUCCUAGCAGGUUUGCUCAAUAGGAGAACAGAUAAUGAACUUUCCUGAUGGGCCUUUUUCACUUUUGGCUUAAAUUAUCUAGCUGAAAGAUUUGAAAUAUCUCCCUAGCAGCAGUAGCAGGCCAACCAUUACAUAUCGAAACAGAUUUGUGCUUAAAAUACUCAAAUUAGUAACAUUUUGACUAUGAAUUCUAAUUUGGCUGCUUAGGGAAAGCUAACAAACACCAGUUAACAUGUAGCAUAGCGCCUGCUAGCUUUUAUUGACAUAGUUAGCAUUUUUGGAGGGACUUUUCUUAAAAACCACACGUAAGGCAGGUGCGAUAUUCCACUAAAACCUCUUUAUUGGCCACAGGGUGACAUUUUUGGCACAUACAUAUGAUCACAUUUGAGUGACGAACACAAAACACCACAGAGUUCACAUGCGAAGAUGUCUGGUUCUGUCUGAUUUAAGCCGUAAGAAGUUUUUUGGGCGUUUGUGCAGUUUGGUAAGCUAUAGAUGAUGACACGGUACAGAAUCACACACUGAGAUGAGCAAAAAUGUAACGAAGAAUACUGUCCACUACAUUAAACAAUGUGAUAAUAAAGUAAUGUAUAUGAAGUCAUUCACAAGCAGCACCAGUGAGUCACAGAUUUGCUCUUUCUCACAAAAUAAGCUUCUUGAGGUUUAGGCCAUGAGCAGUGCUGAGGGCGAAAUUAUUUUUUCCCACAUCUGUUCAGACAAAUUCCACCUCCUGCGUUAGGAUUGGCUUGUAGUAUCUUGCCAUUUGUGCUAGCAUGGGCUAGCAGGCGAGAAACUAAUAACCAAAUCAAGCGUAGAGGGCAAAUUUCAGUCGUGCAGAUCAAUCCCCAGGCUGGGCAAGGCCUCAGCUUGGGUGGAAGUUAUCCAGCUAGCUAGGGAGUUACCUAAGUUAGCUAGCUAGCUAAAGUGCUGGAGGUAAUUCACAUCAGGUGCAAAAGUUUGCACAAAUGAACUGUAAUAAUCAAAUUAAAUAAUUAUAAUUAAAUAAAGUUGGAGAUCACUUUUUCAGUGUUUCUUAGCUAGCUAAACUCGCUAACUUGGUUGAGAGUGUAGCCAAACCUAACCUAAACACUUACAAUUUGAAUGAACAAUUUACAUUGGCUAAUGUGGUUGAAAAAGUAACUAAUCCCAUCUUAAACUGUUUUACCUAAUGUGCCUCCUUACCAAUACUUUAGCUAGAUACUAGCUGGCUAAUAUUUGCCCAAGUGGGCAACUUCCGACCAAGGUUUUGCCCAGUCUGAGGCUUGGUCUAAGGGGCUUCAGCUAAAAACAACUGGACUGAAUACAGGCUGGAAUAAAAUAGCAUAAUCCAUUUCACUAACAGGCCUUGUUAGGAAAACCUAACCCUAACGCAAUUUUCUGCUAACAGGUGCAGUAAAAUCAGUUACUCAAACAUAUAUCAGUCAAUUUGACAUAUAUACUAUAUUGCCUUGUUUAAUGUAGUGGAGAAUAUUCUUCAUAACACUGGUCCUCGCCUCAAUGUGGGUGGUUGUAGAAUCUAUAACUAACCACACGCCAACUUAAUCUUAGCACAGAACAAGAAAACAAUAAUCCAAGUGAGGUCUCUGCUCUCUCUUUCUCUGAGCUCCCAUUACUGUUUCUAAAAAACUAAAUUCUUGACUAAACUCUGUGUGGGAAAGUCGCUGUUGUUCUCCCCUCCCUUGCUUUCGCCACUGGCUUUAGUGCCUGAUGUGCCAACCAAACUUAACGCUGGCUGCGUUUUACACGGCACCUUUCAAAUCCCUCUCUGAUUUACUGUACAGCAGAGUUUGUGCAAGAAAAACUGCCUUUUACACUAUAUUAUAGCUUUAUGUUUCCAUUGCUGUGCGGCCAUGAAAUCUUGUAUCAAAAAAUGCACAGAUUUUAUUGUAAAAUCAGUUUAAGUUAAAUAAAUUGUAUGUGAACAACCA